AUGGCUUCUAAUCCUCCCGGACGCUGCUGUGCUGUAGGCGUGAAACACGAGGGUCAGGCGCAGGGCGAGAUGAAAAAGAUUGGUGAUGGUGGGAAGCUCACUCCGUUGCGAGAAGAACAAAAUAAGCUGAUGCGAGCAGUGCGAACGUACUUUGCCUACCCUGAAGACAAGAGCACGCAGAACGCCAUUGUGAUCUUCACCGAUAUUUUCGGAAUUGAUCUCAAUAAUGUCCAGCUUGUUGCCGAUCAGUUCGCGGCCAACGGCUACUUCACCGUGGUUCCCGAUCUCUUCAAUGGCAACGUAGUUCCCGCCAACCCCCCAGCUGAUUUCGAUCUAAUGAAGUGGGUUCAAAACGAGAUGCCGCACGUGCCCAAGGUGGAUCCCAUUGCCGAAGCCACCAUCAAGCACCUGCGCGGCGAGCUGGGCGUAAAGAGGCUCGGUGGUGUUGGCUAUUGCUUUGGCGGAAAAUAUGUGUGCCGAUGGUUGAAGGAGGGAAAACUCGACGUGGGGUAUACAGCACAUCCCAGCUUUGUUGACAAGGAAGAGCUAGAGGGUAUCAAGGGACCGCUGAGCAUUGCCGCGGCCGAGACUGACAACGUCUUCCCCGCCGGACUGCGUCGCGAGUCUGAGGAUAUCCUCCAGAAGCUGAAGGUACCUUACCAAAUCAACCUCUUCUCCGACGUCGAGCACGGGUUUGCGGUACGUGCGGACCUUUCAAUCAAGCCAGCGAGAUUCGCGAAGGAGCAAGCGUUCGUCCAGGCCGUGGCUUGGUUCGACGAGUACCUGAAGCAAUAG